UCAGCGACAUGCUCACACUGCUGAUUCACUCCAGCUCAGAGAUCAGACGCUGAGGAAUCGUUACAGGCUAACCGGACCACAGGAAGACGAGCGGAAGUUGCCAUCCUUCCUCUUCCAUCCAGUCAGUGGUUCUGGCCGAUCAGCAUGAGACAAACCAAGGACGAUGGCGUCAGUGAAGUGCUGUCCUGCGUGGUGGAAGACGCCGUUAGCAGAAACAUUAAUGGUGCUGAGCUCCUGCAUGAACUGCUGAGGGCCCCGUGUCUGCGUGCGCUGCUGAAGGUUUAUGAGUGCCUGAUGCAGUUCCACAGACUGGCACCAAGCCCCUACCUGCCUUAUGCCUCAGGACUCUCAUAUGAGAUCAUGACUUUAAUACAGAGAACUCACCAGCCUUCGUCUGAAGCCAGAGAGCUCCUCGACCUCCUCAGCUCACCUCAUGUCCAGGCCUUCAUGUCAACCCACGACAGCGUGGCCCAGUCAGACUAUCUACCUGUCUUACCACCUCUGCCCGACGAGUUACCCGAGGACGAGGAGGCCAUGAGGAUCGUUUGUCUGGUGAAAAACAACCAGCCACUGGGGGCGACAAUAAGGAGGGAAGAGGAGACAGGAGACAUCUACAUCGCCCGGGUGAUUCAUGGAGGACUGGCAGACCGCAGCGGACUCCUGCAUCCGGGUGAUCUGCUAGUGGAGGUGAAUGGAAACCCGGUGGUGGGCUUUGAGCCAGAGAGAGUCAUCCAGAUGCUGUCCAAUUCCAAAGGCACCAUCCUGUUUAAAGUCAUUCCAAAUCCUGGUCAAGUCAACAGCAACCAGAAGCCGGUGUACAUGAGGGCGCUGGUGGACUACUGCCCCCUGCAGGACUCCUGCAUCCCGUGUCCAGACGCAGGCAUGGCGUUCAGCAGAGGAGACCUGCUGGAGGUGGUGGACCAGUCAGACGGGCAGUGGUGGCAGGCCAGGAAGCUGCCCUGUGGGCCGUCCUGCGCUGGUCUGAUCCCCUCCGCCAGCAUGCUGAAGAGUAAACAGAGGGAGCAGUGGUGGUGUCAGCCUCUACAGGUCCAUACCUGCAUCAGACCCUUGUCCGUGGCUGAUAACGAGGACGACACGACACUCACCAACGACAAACGCAUCUUAACAGAUUUUGAAAACAAUAAAGAAAUAAACUUUGAAGAUGACAACUCUGAUUUUACUGAUGGAAUCUACCUGGCUGGUUUCCGCCGGAGUUUCCGCCUCUGGAGGAGGACUUCCUUCAGGAGGAGACGGCAGUCCUGCACCACCUGCUCGCCCAACAGAAACGCUCUGUCCACCCCGUACGAGGAGGUGGCUUUGUACCAGCGGCCCCCGCAGGAGAACCACCGCCUCAUCAUUCUUGUUGGUUCUUCAGGAGUUGGAGUUAAUGAGUUAAGGAAGAGACUCAUCAAACUGAAUCCUUCAACCUUCCAGGGACCCGUACCUCACACCACUCGUCCAAUCAGAGAAGGAGAGCAGAUGGGGAGAGAGUACCACUUUGUUACAAAAGAGCUUUUUGAAUACAUGGUCUGCAACCACAGGUUUGUGGAGCACGGCGAGUGUAAGGGCCAUCUGUACGGGACCAGCAUUGAUGCCAUUGAUGAGGUGCUAAAACGGGGAAGGAUGUGCAUCAUUGAUGCUGAACCACAUUGCAUCCAGAUGUUACGAACGCGAAAACUGAAGCCCUACGUGAUUUUCAUUAAAGUUCCCAACCCGGAGAGGCUGAGACAAACUCGGAGAAAUUCCAGUGUCAUCGCCAACUACGCCGUCAACAAAGUAUUCACAGAGGAGGACCUUUCGGAACUGGAGGAGACUUCCCAGCUGAUGGAGGCUAAAUACAAACAGUUUUUUGACAGCGUCCUGGUGAACGACUACAUGCAGGACGCCUGCAUUAAGCUCUGGUCCGUCAUCCAGCAGGCCCAGAACGAGCCUCAGUGGAUCCCCGUCAGCUGGAUCCGGAUGGAGGAGUAGAGCCGAGAACAAGGACAGAGAGGGAUCUGGAAAUGAAUCUGGAUCCUAUGAAAGGAGGAAAUGAGGAAAUAAAGUAGGAGAAGGGCCGUAAAAUAUACAGAAGGAAAGCAAUGGUAGUUUUUCUUCAUACUUGUCAACAAAUGUCUUAAAUAAAUACUAUUAAUUAAAAGGUUCAGGAGGUAAAACUUUUAACCUGAAUGGCCGGAAGAACUUGUUGACUAAUGACAGAUGAUGAUGUUUCAGACCUUUAAAUUCACACAGAGAGUUGACAGGAUAUAUGUGGUUGUAUUUAGCUUCUGAGUGGCUUAAGUGUGAAAGAAUCCAUGAAAAAGAUAACGGAGUGCUGUUUGCUUUCGCAUAGUAAUGUGUUUCCUGUAAAAGCAGAGUUCAAGCCUCUCUGGAAUAAUUACGUUUCCCCUGUUCUAGUCAAAGGUCAUUCAGAUUGGAAAGUGUGAAGUAAAUAUAACCUCAAGUUUGGAAUUAAUCAUUUUGUCUUUGUUGAAUUAAACCCACUAUA